AUGAGAUCAAUGGCUCGACUAGGUCAAACUAUUUAUGUGAAGAAUUUGGUCUUGUUGGCCUUACAUUUGAUCAUCAUGGCUGUUGAAGCCCAGGUAAUCACAGAAAGUAACAGAUAUCUUAGGGCUUCUACAAUAUCUCUGGAUGCUACUCAGGCUAGUAAAGGAAGAAGCUUUAACGUACAAAAUUAUGGUGCAGUGGGUGAUGGAGCGCACGACAAUACUGAGGCGUUUACUCGUGCAUGGAAUGAUGCUUGUAAAGCGUCGUCAGCAACUUUGUAUGUGCCGGGUGGCAAGACUUUUCUGGUUAACAAUCUAAAUUUCCAGGGACCGUGUCAGCCUGGCUUCACAUUUCAGGUCGAUGGAAGGAUUGUUGCACCCGAAAAUCCCAGCAGUUGGAAGAGCACAUAUGUGUGGUUGUUGUUCGAGCAUCUUCAACAAUUUACAUUGACAGGGAAUGGCAUUAUUGACGGAAAAGGAAAUAAUUGGUGGGGUAAAAAGAAAAGUAGACCAACGGCCAUUCAAUUCAAUGAUGUGAAAGGGAGUAGACUGAGUGGACUAAAGGUGACAAACAGUCCUCAAUUUCAUGUCACAUUGACACGAUGUGACAGUGUCCAGAUCGUGGGUAUUACAAUUCAGGCACCAGCAAGCAGCCCAAACACUGAUGGAAUUGAUACGUCCCGAUCCACAAACAUAGCCAUAAAUGAUUCCACUAUUGGAACAGGAGAUGACUGCGUGGCGAUAGGUGAUGGGUCUUCAAAUAUUAAUAUCAGUGAUAUCACAUGCGGUCCAGGCCACGGAAUAAGUAUUGGAAGUCUUGGAGAAGGAAACAAGAAAGCAGAUGUCCAUUCGAUUCACUUGAACGGCGCCAAGUUGACAUCAACAACGAAUGGAUUAAGAAUAAAGACAUGGCCGGGAGGUUCUGGCAUGGCAAGUGAUAUCACAUAUGAGAAUGUCCAGAUGGAACACGUGAGCAACCCAAUAAUAAUUAACCAAUUCUACUGUGACACAGGUGACACUGGGUCUGCUUGCAAGGCUCAGGGUUCCGCUGUGAAAAUCAGUAAUGUAAAAUACAAUAAUAUCAGGGGCACAUCAGCAACAGAAGAUGGAAUCACAUUGUCGUGCAGCCAAAGCGGAUCUUGCACGGGCAUAGCAAUGGAGAAUAUAGAUUUGGUAACUGGCUCAGGGGCGCAAGCCGCUUGCAAUGCCCAAAACGUACAGGGUCGCACCUUUGGAAAUUCGAUUCCCUCACGUUGUCUGGAAAAUUCUCUUAGAGAGGUUUCACAGAUGGAACGAGAGCUAUUUGAGGACAUAUUGAAUUUUAGGGUUGAAGAUGCUCCUAUUGAAGAUUCUCCUAUUGCAGAGGAUCCACCAGUUGAAGCAGAAAAUAUUGCAGAACCAUCUUCUCUUAUAUUUUCUGUAAAGAAUGAUUUGCACAUUGCCGAAGGAGCUGCGGUUAUUAUGAAAGAAGAGAUGGUUGAGGGAAUAAAUGAUGCUACGGUGGAUGUUCGCCUUUCACGCCAGUUGAAGGAAAGGAUACUCGAGAAGAUGACUAAAGAUCAAAGUGCAUAA